CUUGUAUUGAUUAUGUGAAAAGAAGAAGCCCAACUAGUUUCUUUUGUCAUCGUUCACUCCCUUACAGAGCAGUUGCCGCCGCCGACGGUUCGUCCUCCACCUCCGUCAAUUAGUCAAUUUUCAGACAACUAAGAAAGGAGGUGAUGGCUCUCUUUCGAGGCUCUAGACAGCCUCUGCAAUCUCUAUACAAGACAUUAAGCCGUCCCGUUAAUGGUGGAUCAGGUUAUUCUACCUAUUCAUUGCGUGGAAGUUAUACCGCUGAAAGGGAAUUUGAAAGAUAUACAAAUCCGAACCCUAAGUUUAGAUUCUUUCUUAGAAAAUAUGCUUCCCAAGUAUCGGCUUCAGAUCAAAUGAGUCUUAUAAAGCAGUUGAGGGAGAGGACCAGUGCUCCUAUAAAAGAUGUAAAAGCUUCUCUUGUAGAAUGCAACUGGGAUAUUGAUUCUGCACAGAAGGAUCUAAGGAAAAGAGGAGUGGUUCUUGCUUCUAAGAAGUCAUUACGCACUGCAACUGAGGGUUUGCUCGCACUGGCACAGAAUGAGAGAAAGGCUGCUGUUGUUGAAUUGAAUUGUGAAACUGAUUUUGUUGCAAGAAAUGAUAUAUUCCAACACCUGGCUCUAUCUUUGGCAAAAUUGGCUUUGUCGGUUGAAGGUUCUUCUCAACAGGUUUCUGGGACCUCUGUUUUUGGACCCGAUCAUCUGGAGGAGUUAAAGAUCAAUCUCGAACAUCCUAAACUAAGCGGUGAGAUGACUGUUAAAUCUGCAAUCACAGAAGUAGCUGCAAUGAUGGGGGAGAAUGUUAAAGUGAGGAGGAGCUUUGCUAUGUCAACUUCUUCAUUGGGUGUAGUUUCCACAUAUCUCCAUACAAGCCCUCAACCAGGCUUGGGACGUAUUGCUGGAAUCUUAUCUCUCGAAACAGAUGGGAAUGUUCCACAUGAUGCCCUCCAGCGGGUUGGCUCUGAAUUGGCAAUGCAUGUAGUGGCAGCUAAGCCUUUAUUCUUAACAAAAGAUCUCGUGUCUUCCGAUUCGCUAGAGAAUGAACGUGAGAUUCUCAAGUCGCAGGCUGAAAGUACAGGGAAAUCUGCUAUGGCCAUAGAGAAAAUGGUGGAAGGCCGUCUGAGAAAAUACUACGAGGAAGUAGUUCUGAUGGAGCAAAAGUUUAUUGUAAAUGAUGCCAUAAAUGUCAAGACUCUGGUGGACAAUCUAUCCAAGGAAGUUGGUUCACCUGUGAAAAUUGGAAACUUUUGCAGAAUAGAAGUUGGAGAAGGAAUUGAGAGAGAAGCUGCCUCCAUUGCACAAGAUGAACACGUUGCUCAAGUUGCUUAAAUGUAGUUGACAUUGACGGUCCUUGUAACGAUUUGUAUUGAACUAUUGUUGAGGCUCCUUUGAAUCAACACAAUAAAUAUAAAUAGAUCUACUUGUGUGCCCAAAGAACAAUUGCUCAAGCAGAUUGGGACCCUAUUUUUUUUCUUCUAAUUAUCCAUUAAACAAUUCAAACAGGAUGUGUAGUGUAGACAUGUUUAAUUUGUUUCAAAAUCAUGAAAAAUAAAUACCAAUUUGCACUA